GUGGGCUUUAGUUGAAGGAGCGCGAACGUUAGAGCAGAGUGACGGCGACGAGAAAAUGGCGAAUGUUGUUGAAAGUUUCAGCCGUUGGAACAAACGUUGGGCCUUUAACUCGGUUUGAUAAUGUUUAAAGAUGUAAUUUAUAAAGCUAGUUCAUGUUUGUGUCGCAGCUGAGGCUCUUUAGUUAACGGUAUGGCUUUAAUGCUUCAUAACUUGGUGUUUGUUAUCGAUGUGGAUUAUGAAGAUCACACUCCAGCAGACCAAGUGGACGUCAGGAAUCAGUUACUGAAAAAAGGAAUACUUCAGAUCCUGCUUCACUUCAGCUGCAAACACGGAUUAGACAAAGUCCGAUGGGGUUAUAAGUUCUUCCAAUCAAAGACUGGUCGUAACGCUCCUCUCCUCUCAAGGGGGUCCGACUUCAAGGAGCUCCGGCACAAAACCUUCGAGGACUUCGAGUUAGAGUUUGAAGCCAAGUUUGACGUCAAAGAUAAACCGUGUGUCUCUCAGCAGAAGCAUCAGUCCACAUCAGUCCAGAAUGCCCUCAAAGAAACCCUCCUGGACUUCCAGUGGGACCGACCAGACAUCACCUCUCCUACCAAGCUGUCCCUGAGGCCCAGGAAGUCGACCCGUGAUGCCCGGGGAUCGAGUGUCUCUCAGGAGGAUGAGGUUUCAAACAACGGGAAGAAUGUGGUGUUUGUGGUCUCUGAGUGUCCACGGUCCAGGUCUCAGCUCGUGGACUACCUGUGUGUGGGAAAGCAGGACCUGAGUGCAGAUGUGACGGAGCAGAUUGUGUCCAGGGGCCUUCAGGACAUGCUGGUUCAGAAACAGGUGGUGCUGCACUGGAUUGACAGCAGGUCGUAUCAACAGGUCAUGAAGAGUGAGGAUCACCUCGGCUUUGACAGGCUGUCGGAGGUCUUGGCUCUGGCCGGUGGGAAAGUGAUCCCUGUGGUCGCGCUGCUGAACCUCUGCGGCGCUCAGAGGACAGACUUCGGUAGAGACGCCUUCACACUCAAGUCAAGCAUUGGGUACCUGCUGUCCUCUGAGAGGCUCCAUCGCCUGGCUUUCCCAGUCUCGGGUGGUGUUCUGCGGUGGGGGCAAGGUGAAGAGUCACAGAGCUGUGGGAUCGUAGUCGAACCCGUGUCUCGCAGACAGAAGCUUCUCCCCGAGUCGGUGGACGUGUGUCUGAAAGGAGUCCUGCAGAGCUGGGACGCCUCGUCGCUGAUGCAGACCUCUGCAGAGUCAUGGGUGCUCCAGUGCUCCAGCAGCAGUGAUCAGGAGGAAGCUGCUGCUGCCCUCCAGCAGGUCCUGAGGGAACUGUCUGCUCAUGGUCUGCACAUGCUCUCUGAGGUGAACGACAGCGGUCUGGUGUGCCCGGCAGUCCUCUCCCCGUUGUCACACUCCACAGCUCUGCUCACCGUUCUCCGGUCUGGCGUCACGCAGCUCCACCGGUUUCCAAUCGCUGAAGACAUUGACCUCGCCACGGAUGACACCUCGGCUGAUCUGCCGGAGGUCGUGAGCAGCGUCCUGGGGGUCGUGUAUGACAUCAUGGAGAAGGACAGCGACGGCAUGGAUGCCAAGUCAAAGGAUUAUCCGGUCCCUGAAUGGGCUCAGCAGGAAAUCAAUCACCGCCCUCUGACGACAGGCGCGUUGGAGAGCUGGUUCCCUCAGUCCGACCACGCAGGAGUGAGUACUCAUUUGAUGGAGUCCAUGAGGUUGCUGCAUGCAGUGCCAGAGCAGAAAGAAGAGGAGGAGUCAGCUGUGUUGCAGCAGGAGCUGCUCAGUGGUCUGGCUGAGUUGUAUCAAGCGUCCAGAGGCAACGAUGUCAAGAGGGGCAAGAAACGUGGCACCCAGCGCACACCAGUGAAGCAGAAGAUGAAGACCAUGAGCCGCUCCCUGCAGAUGCUGAACGUAGCACGGCUGAACGUGAAGGCACAGAAGAACCAGGCCGAGGCGGAGCAGCCUGAGAGGCCGGGGAAGAGAAGGUCGAGUGACAGGAAGAAAUCUGAAGCGGCAAACAGCAUCAGUUUCAGCAGCGAGGCAGAGCUGCUGUCCCAUCUGACGUCCAGUUAUGAGAAGACGGUGGCAGAGAGAGAUGCACCCCUCCUCACUUCAGUUCAGCAGCUUCUGUCUGCAGUGAAAUCCUUCCUGGGGGCAGAGUCAGACCUGAAAGUGAAGACUUCUCAGUUCGUCCAGCAGCAUCUCAUCAAGACCAGCAAAUCAAUCAGGCAGCAGUACGGCUCCACUGCUGACGUUGACGGCAAAGUCAGAGAGUGCAAGCUGCAGGUGUUGUUGAGGCUGGACUUGUGCAGACUUUUCUCCUCAGAGCCGUCAGACUCACUGGACGCUGAUCAGAUGGCAGAGGAGAUGGCUGAAAUGCUCAGGAUCAUCUCCCUCUCUAAAGAUCCUGUGUGCAUGACGAGGUUCCUUCAAGAUGAGGUCCUCCCAGGGUUCCUGACGGCGGUGCCCAGAGUUCUUGCAGACGUCUACCACAGUCUGGGCACGCAGCUCCCCGAGGCUCUGGUGGCCGUCCUUCCUGCCGACUUCUUCAGCGACGAGUCGGUGGCCAAAGACAGCGUCUCUCCUUCGGCCUCCUCGCCUCCUCUCUCCACGCACAGCCUGACCUCGGAGGGCAGAGGUCGUCUGCAGGACCUACGGAACCGCUCGGCGAACAAGAGGAGGAGCGGCAUGCUGACUCGGCAUCGCAGUAUGACUGAAGCAUCACAGAGUCGCCAAAUAGAGAUGCCCAAAAAGACCACAAGAGCUUCCAAAUCAAAGACCUUUGUUGCUCUGGAGAAACCUGUUUCAGAACCUGAACCUCCGAAACAAGAAGCUCAAGAGGUGACGAGGGUGAGAAGAAACCUCUUCAACCAAGAAAUGGUUUCCCCGUCUAAGAAAGCCAAGCUGCCAAGGAGCCAGUCUGUGUCCGCUGUGGAGGGACUGAAACGCAAACGAUCUCAGGAAUCUGAAGAGCGGCACAAGCUUCUAACAAAGACCGUGUGUGAAACGCCUCACCACAAACAAGUGUCCAGUCGCCUCCUGUACCGGCAGAAAUUUGGAAGGAGCUCCGUCCCGACUGAGGAGUGCAUCGUGGAGGAGUCGCCGGUGAAACCUGCAGAAGACCUCAGGAGGAGCCCCAGGAUUAAGAAGUUCGCUCGGAGACACUCCAACGCCUUCUACUCCAGCUCCCAGCCUCGCUCCCGCAACCUGGACCGAGCCCUCUCUGCGUCCCAGCUCACGCUCAGCGAAGGCAAGCUCAGCGGGCUCGACGUUAAAACCGUCCGCUCGCCCAUGCGUCUUCUAUUUGGCGCCGCUGAAUCCCCGAGUCGUCUUUCGGAGCUGACACGAGCAACCAGGUCCACCAGGUCGCGGCUGUUCACGGACUCCAGUGUCUUUGAGAGUCCAAAUAAAACUCCAACAAAGUCACCUGGCAAACAUGGGAGAGCAAAUCAAGGGACUCCCAGAACACCAAGGACCCCCAAAACCCCCCCUACGUCCAGGCUGUGUGUCUCCUCCCUGGCUGAGAGUCCUGUCGCCGGCUGCUCUCGUGAGCCCGGUAUGUCUCUGAGAGGAAGUCCGUUCAGAUCUCCAGCCAGAAGAACUCUGGUGGUGGAGACUCCGACGAAACAAAGCCCCAUGAAGAGCCCGCUGAAGAGUAUUCUCAGGACGCCGGUCAAAGCUUCGGUUGACUCUUCUGCGUCGCACACGUUCAGCAGCCCGGUCUCCAAGACUCCUAAGAAGAGCGUCACGUGGUCUCCGUCCCCUCAAAGAAGCAGACUGGCAGAGAAGAGUAAUCUCUUCAAGGUGCCGGAGUCCCCGCGCUUUACAUCUCGCACUUCCCCGAGACUGAUGAGCUCCCUCAGCGAGUUCAGCAGUCCGGUCAGAGGCACUAACACUAAAAGAGACAUCUUUAAGACCCCCGAGAAGACGUGUCGGGUCAGCCUCGUCAGGGUGUCUGAAAACACUUCAUCACAGGAAAAACAUCACAACAAGAAAACACCUGAAAAGAGUGACACACUAAUGAAGACACCUCCGCCUGUAGAGCACCACCUCUCACCUCCACCCAACACUAAAACUCAAACAAACACUCCCAGUCCUAAUCACCCGAUGAGCACUCGCUCAGGACGGACUCCAGUCAAAAGCUCUAAUGCUGCCUCUCCGUGUAAGCUGCUCUCUACACCACCAGGAGGUGCUGCUGUUUCAGAAGGAUCAGAGUCUUCAGAUAAGUCUCCAGGGAAGUCUCUGAGGAAAAGAGGGUCUAGUCAAGGUGCCAGGACCACCAGACCUAACUUAAGAUCAAACUCUGGGGAGAACAUUCCAGACAAACCGAACUCAAUCCCUCCUGAGGAUCCAAAAGAGGAGGUUCAAACUGGAUCCUCCGAAACCUCUGAGGCUGACUCCAGCUCUCAUUCAGACUCGCAGCAUCUCGACUCUUCACGUUUCAACUCUGCGUCCACAGACGACGAGAGUUUGGACAUCGUAGACGCAGCAGUUGUAAAGGCUCAGUUCAGCGGCGGUCUCAAGAUGAACAUAAGCUUUUCACGCAAGCCUUCAAAGUCAGGAGAGGACCUUCUCUUGGACGCAGCUUCUCCGAGACCUCGCUUGCUGAAUCCGGGUACGCCCGGCCGGAGCUACGGCUUCAGGCAGACUCCUGAUCGCCAGCAGAGAGAGGCUGCUGCUCGCCUCGGGUACGGAAAUGACUCUCCACGAUUCUCAACUCCAAGAGGUCCUCCGAAAAGUAGUCGACAUAAAGGUGCAUGCACUCCAAAUCCUCUGACCUACCAGGUAGAGAUGGAGAUGCAAACGUCAGGACUUCCUAAGCUGAAGUUCAAACGUACAGACUCCAUGAAUGCAGGCGAUGUGGGGUUAGUGAAACCCUCUCAGUUAGAAAGCCCCUUGUCUUUGUUCUCCAAGCAGAGGGAACCUGGUUGUGUGUCACCAUCCCUCUGCACUCACGUCACCCCCGCCAAGAGCACACCGGGAAAAGGGGGCAGUGUCCAAACUUACAUCUGCCAGUCCUACACUCCCACAAGCUACCCUGCAGGAACUGUGUCUCCUAUCCCAACCACAGACCUCAUCCCCCUGACCCCUUCACCUCAGAGUUCUGGCAAAGUGACCCCGGACAACCUGAACAGCUGGCCUCGCAGGAAGAGAGCGCAGGUAGGAGUGGGUGGAGGUAAGGAUAGAUUCCUGAAGGGGGGGCCGUUUCUGGUGGAGCUGCUGGAGGAAGCUGAGCUGGGAGUCAGCAGACUGCAGGACAUCGAGGACACAGAUGAGCCGUCGAACAUCAAACAUGAUGCUUUAGGUUUGACUUCUAAACAGUCGCCGUCAGUCGCAGCUGAUGCGUCUCCUCUUCCUCCGCUGGAGGACCUGUUCUGGAUGGAGACGCUGGCUCAGCAGACGGACUGCGCUGAUGCUCAGAGAGCAGAAGAAGAAACAAUGUGGGGGACGGAAAAUGAAGACUCAAAGUUCGUGGCGACUCCUCCGAGCUCUAAGAAGAGGAAGCCGGUGACAGCCAGUGGGAUUUUGGCUCUGACGAACUCUCCGUUGUUGUUUAAAGGUAAAACAGGCUCUGCAAGCAAGAGGACACCAAAUGUUAAAGACGAGUCUUCAUCAGUGAGGAGGGUGGAGGUUGAUGGUGUGGAGCGCUCUCCCUUCAGCCAGCCAAUCAGACGCUCCAACACAGGGAAGACCUACAGCAGGAAAAGACUUCUUCCCUGACCGUGACACCGUCUCACGAGCACAGCACAAGUAUUGUCCCUUCAGCGUGUUACCUCUGAGCUCUCUUUGACGUCUGAAAAACGUCUUUCAAGCUCCACUCGAGCUUUUUCAGACGAACAGUGCCUCCUUCACUCUCCUGCACCACCUCCAUGACCCCGACCUUCUCUGUUCAGACCGGGGGUUUGUUCUAGUCAGGACCUUUCAAGAGCACAGCUUCAGUUCUGCCUCAAAGUUUUAUGAACUGUUCUGUGGAGGCUGUGGAAAUUAUGUCGUCGUUGUUUGUCAAACUUUUAAUCAGCCUUUUAGCAAUCAAGUCUGACGCCUUCAUUUGGCGAUUUAAAUACGUCUGUGUUUAUUUAUUAGUUUGUUCGUGUUAUAAAGUUGCUUUUAAGUCAAAGGGAAGGUUCAACAGUUGAGUCAUAAUGUAAAUAUCUUAUGUUUCCAAAGUUUUAUGUAAAUAAAUAUUGAUUCUGACUUUAUUUAACGAAACGUCUUCUUCUUUAACCGUCGCCCCGCCCCGCUGUGUGACCUUGUUUUUGACUUUAAGCCACUGAAAAGAAGAGAAGGAAACCUGCACGAUAACUCUAACUACAUCUGUUAAUUCACCGUGAUAUCACUGUCCUGUAAUAACCUACCUGUCCAAAGAUCAGAGCUAUAAAAGUUAAUAACUCUCCAUGUAAGGCAGGAUAUUACAUCUCCAGAGCAGGUGAAUCAAACGGACCUGUGGGAUCAAAUAAGGAAGUUUGAUUUUACAGUUUCAACAGAACUCGUUAAUUAUUACUCCUCAGAUUAGGUUUAGAGCUGUGUUAAGAUCUAUACUGUGACUCGGCUUCCCUGCAGCUUUCACAUUGUUGUACUUUGCUAUAAUGUACUUCCAGAAGCCUCUAAGGACCUUCCCCUACAGCAUGUGGCCCCUGACCCCGGGUUGGCCUCACUCUCAGGGCCUUGAGUCAGUUUUCCCCUCUAUAAUGAGACGAUAAAUAUCAAAUUACUGAAUUAUCCUUCAUAAGGAGCUCAGGCUCUGAAUACAGUGUCGCCUCUGUCUGGAUACUAAUGACUGAAGGAGACACUGAAAGGGUUGGCUGUGGUGAUGGGGCUCACUGAGAUAUCUCUUCAGAGGGCCCAGAAUUCCUGGCAACGCCCCUGGAGGCCGGGGAGAGGAGUAUCUGGGCUUCCCUGCUGAGACUGGGACCCGGACAAGCGGAGGAAGGUGGAUGGAAACAAUAAAAUAACACUUAAGUUACUCAAAAGAACAUCAACAUUUUAUAGUUUGUAAUGACAUUAAAGUUACAUUCUAUAUGAAUAUGAUUGUAUUUUUUCUAUGAUGAAUAUCUGUGCUUUUAUUUUGAAGCUACAUUUCCGGUGUAGUCUUGCAUCAUCACGUCAGAUUUGACGUCGCUCCGGAGAGCCGCUCUCCCAGUUAUCCUUCCACUGGAGUCACUUCAUCACCGACUCUCUCCAUCCACCUGUCCCUCCCUCCACAGAGGAACACUUCUUCUUCUUAACACUCUGUUAGGACAUUAAACAACAUGGCGAGCAGCUUCUCAAGACUCCUCACCUCCCGGAGGAAGAUAGGGAUCCUGUCGAUGUUUGGAGGAUCAGUCGCUGCUGGGUAUCUGAUCCACCGGGACCAGGUCCGUGCUGGAGUCCCUGUACGCAGGAGUUACCCCGCCAGUGCGGAGUACCCUGACCUGCGGCACCACAACAACUGCAUGGCCAGUCACCUGACACCCGCCAUCUAUGCCAAGCUGUGUGAUAAGGCCACUCCCAACGGUUACACACUGGACAUGGCCAUCCAGACGGGCGUGGACAACCCAGGACACCCCUUCAUCAAGACCGUGGGCAUGGUGGCCGGAGACGAGGAGUCCUAUAAGGUGUUCGGAGACCUUCUGGACCCCAUCAUCAGAGAGAGGCACAACGGCUACGACCCCCUCACCAUGAGACACCCCACCGAUCUGGAAUCCAGCAAGAUCACGUCCGGGAACUUCGAUGAGCGCUACGUGCUGUCCUCGAGGGUGAGAACGGGCCGCAGUAUCCGGGGGCUGAGUCUGCCUCCUGCCUGCACCCGGGCGGAGCGCAGGGAGGUGGAGAGGGUGGUGGUGGACGCCCUCGCUGGACUGAAGGAGGACCUGUCCGGGAAGUACUAUAGUCUCACCCAGAUGACAGACAAAGAGCAGCAGCAGCUCAUCGACGACCACUUCCUCUUCGACAAGCCCGUGUCUCCCCUCCUGACGUGUGCUGGCAUGGCCCGAGACUGGCCGGACGCUCGUGGUAUCUGGCACAACAAUGAGAAGACGUUCCUGGUCUGGAUCAACGAGGAGGAUCACACCAGGGUCAUCUCCAUGGAGAAGGGAGGGAACAUGAAGCGGGUCUUCGAGAGGUUCUGCAGAGGUCUGAAGGAGGUGGAGCGUCUGAUCCAGGAGAGAGGCUGGGAGUUCAUGUGGAAUGAGAGGCUCGGUUACAUCCUCACCUGCCCCUCCAAUCUGGGCACAGGACUCAGAGCCGGGGUCCACGUCAAACUGCCCCUGCUGGCCAAGGAUGCUCGCUUCAGUAAGAUCCUGGGUAACCUGCGUCUUCAGAAGAGAGGGACGGGCGGCGUGGACACGGCUGCUGUGGGCGGUACAUUCGACAUCUCAAACCUGGACCGCCUGGGACAGUCUGAGGUCCAGCUGGUGCAGACGGUGAUCGACGGCGUCAACUACCUGAUUGAGUGUGAGAAGAGGCUGGAGAAAGGCCAGGACAUCAAGGUGCCCGCACCCAUCAAGCAGUUCAAGUAGACACCACUGACCCCUGACCUCACCCCACAAACCUCUGGGCACGCACAUGCACAAAAACACCCCUCCCUUCUGUGCCCGUAGAUAUUAUAAAUAUCUAUGUCAUUGCCUCAUUUAUUACUACUACUGCUUAUCUACUCACGCUCCCUAACCCCUCCCUCCCUCACACAUCCCUCCCUCACCCCUCCCUGUGUUCCUCUCUCUGAUAUAAUCCACAUGUAUUACACGCAGCUAAACCAAACAAGUCCCACUGUACUGCAUUUGGCUUCAGAGUGUUUAAGACGCAUUUAAAGAUUUGUAAUAUCUAAACUCAAAAACAAACAUGGCAGCACAGACUGAUGAAGGAUGCACAAACCGCAGAGCCACAAUGGCCGCCAGUUUGCCUACCUCUGCAUGGCCAAACAGUAUCUCUGCUCCCCUCGGCCCACCUGACCCCGGCUGUACCCUCCCUCUUCUGAAGCAUGUCCUAUACUCAGUCCCCCCGCCCCCCUUUCAGUCCUGUGUGUUGUUUGGUCAUGACUACUAUCCGGUGCUUAUGAAGUUCAUCCAUUUGUGCUUUACUCCCAUCGAUCGUGGGUUGUGUGUUUCUCUACACGGUUUGGAGUGGGUUUGAAUGUAGACUAACAGGGUAAGACUGAGGAGACGUGUGUUUUCUCCAGAGGUUUCGUAUGCUUGAUGACACACUGGUGUCAAAAUGUGAUAACACACACUGGCCGGGCUGGGUUCUGUACUGUAAGCUACUGAAGCAAUAUCAUUCCAGCUCAUCACUGAAUGUCGCACCGUCAUGUCUUUUAUUAAAGAAAUCAUCUAUUUAACAGAA